CCUCCCCCCGCCGCAGGCUUCUUGACCCUUACAUACUUAACCGUGUGUUUUUCUCCAACGGAUUCGAGGCCGGACACACAAUUGUUAAUACCUUAAUGAAUUUGAUUGUACUCCUAAAGCAACCGCACACCUUCCAAAAAUGUCUCCUCAACCACUGAAGAUUGCAGUCAUCCCUGGCGAUGGCAUCGGCACCGAAGUGAUGCCCUGGGGUGUAAAAUGUCUCGAAUCGGUCGCUGAAAUCUUUGGCAUUUCGCUGCAAUUGGAAUGGUUCGACUUUGCUAGCUGUGCAUACUACCACAAGCACGGCGAGAUGAUGCCACCAGACUGGAAGGAGACGCUCCUCAAAUUCGAUGCCAUCUACUUCGGUGCGGUCGGCAUGCCGGAUGAAGUUCCCGAUAACGUCUCGCUAUGGGGCAGCUUGCUCAAGUUCCGGCGAGAGUUCGACCAGUAUAUCAACCUACGUCCGUGUCGUCUGAUGCCGGGCGUGACCUCGCCAUUGGCCAACCGGAAGCCAGGAGACAUCGACUUCUGGAUCGUCCGUGAGAACACGGAAGGCGAGUACAGCAGCAUUGGUGGCAAGAUGUUUGAAGGAACCGACCGCGAGAUUGUCGUCCAAGAGACCGUCAUGACCAGAGUCGGUGUUGAUAGGGUCCUUCGCUAUGCCUUCGACCUGGCCCAGAGCCGCCCCCGGAAGCGUCUCACCAGCGCCACGAAAAGCAACGGGAUAAGCAUCACGAUGCCGUACUGGGACUCUCGCGUUGCUGAGAUGGCGAAGAACUACCCGGAUGUCAAGCUAGACAAGUAUCACAUCGACAUCUUGACAGCCCACUUCGUUCAGCGGCCGGACAUGUUCGACGUCGUAGUCGGCAGCAAUCUUUUCGGGGACAUUCUCUCGGACCUGGGCCCUGCUUGUACUGGCACCAUCGGUAUUGCGCCAUCGGGUAACCUCAACCCGGAGGGGAAAUUCCCUAGCCUCUUUGAGCCAGUCCAUGGCAGUGCUCCGGACAUAUUUGGCAAAGGUGUUGCCAACCCUGUUGGCAUGAUCUGGGCUGGGCAAAUGCUACUUCAACACUUUGGAUUCAAGGAGGCGGCGGAUCUCUUGCUAACGGCUAUUGAGAACGUCCUUGCACGUUCUGAGGCAAACGUUUUGACGCCGGAUAUGAGAGGUUCGGGUACAACCGAGGGUUUUGGCAAGGCAAUCGUGUCGGAAGUGAUUGAUCUAGGAAACAAGAAGUAAUUUGGCAUGUUGGGGGACAACACGAUGAGUCCUAUAUAUGUGUAGAUAAUCGUUCUUGACAAACGGGAAGCCAGUCGCUUAGUGUGAAGAACUGCAGUGUCUAAACAUUUUCAGAGUAAAGUAGGUCAUACGCUACAUCUGUAGUAGCUGCUACCAACACUAGCUAUAUAAAGCUAUUCCGGCUUCACGACACUUAAUUACGCGAAAGAUUUGUCUCACGUCAG